AUGGUUAAGGAGUUAUUAAAGCGUUCUAUCAGACUUGUAGGCAAAAGCCUGAAAGAAUAUUAUUUAUCGAGACGGGUUUCUGAAAGCCAAUUCGGAAACAUAAAAGCUACUGAAUUUGCAAAGUCACGCUGGGUUAUUGGUCAGCUCACUAUUGUUCUAUAUGAUGAUAAUAGGAACACAAUCUACCCAAAAUUUCUUCCAUGCACGGCUUUAUCCAAACAUGUUACAAACAUUGUCAUUAUACACGCGAUGUACGCGUUCGGUACCUUUGGUACCGCCAGUGUAUUAUGCACAUUUAGUUACCAAACAAGCAAAACUCCAUGCGCGGCAGGCCAUUUAGUGAUACGGAGUCGAAGAAGGUGCAGGUGGUGCUGCGGUUACAUUUGGAGUAGUAAAGACGGAGCUACAACGGGUUAUGUAUUUUGUGUAGCUAUUUUCGCACGAGUCAUUGCAAAAAUUAUUUUCUUUUUAUUUUUAUUUAUAAAAACAUUAAUAGAAUAAAAAAAAAAUUGGUAUAAUUUAUUAUAGGAUAUUAUUAUUAACAUUCAAGUAACUGAUAUUAAUUGUUAAUAUUUAUUCACGAAAAA